GGAUUAUUUACCUAUGGAAGCUUCCCUCUACACAUUUUUGAAUGUAGCACUCUUUCCCAUGCAACUCGAGCCGCAAGGCUGGCAGCCAGAUCACGCCCAGCAUUGUUGCAACCUUCUCACUCGCAUCACAAUGGGACCAGAAUCGUCCAACGAUCCCGACAACGAUCCUGACCUUUUCGAGAACUCCUUCAACUACUCGAACUAUUCUUCCAGCUUUGGCGCACCCAUGGACGAUGGUGUUGACUCCACGGAAUUAGAGUUCUUCGCCGCUCAUGCAACCAGUGCCCUGGGAAGCUCCGCUGUAACAAGAUCAACAUCAGCGGAAGAUAUUUUGCCACGGUCAAACAACCAUCCCCAGGCACAAGGCCAACAGUGCGAUCUCAACGAUAUUGACGGUUCCGAAGCAAUGGAGGGGCUUUCAAACAAUCUUGGGAGCUCAUUUCUCUCACCAAAUAACUCCGACAGACUUGGUCAUGGUUCUCUAAGCAACAAUAACUGGGAUCCUUGGGCGCAACAGCACAAUUAUACUUUCAACCAAGUCGGGCCUGCUAGCAGCCAUCACAAUAACAAUGAUUCCGGACUUCUGGACAUGGCAUGUGGCUUUGACCCAUCUCUUCUCAUUGACUUCUCCAAUCAAACGUCAUAUACCGCUGAUGGCCCUUUUGCCCAAGUGUCGCAAACUCCAGUGUACUACUCCCUUGCCCAGGAAACCACCGCCCAGAGACAUUUUUUUACUCCAAGGAUAGAGGAUCAGAAUGUACCACGAAACAUGGCCACUUGUCCCAGCAUCGCAACAAUCGGUAUGAGUGCGAUUGAAACCCCCGACAUAUCCUCUCAGGAGGUAAACUCGCAGUAUUCCAAGACUUUGGACACUUACCUCGAUCACCCUGAAGAGGCCUCAUUGAACUUUAGACCAUGUCCCAAUGGGCGGAUCGCCAACACCGAUUUGGACGGCAAUCGUACCAAGGCAACUCCUUUUGGGACAAAUUGUCUAUGGCCAUCGAUUCCUGUUGCCGCUUCCUGCUAUCAGAAAUGCUCUUCCAAUACGAACCAGCUCGUGCAAACUCCACAAUCAUGUCCUGGCUACACCAAAAUGAAUGAUAAUGACUUUGGCAGCACUGUGGUAACGAAUACAGUCCGUUUUAAUGGCAGGAGGAACCCACCAAUCCUGCCAGCACCAGCAAAAUCGCAUCCGAAAGCACCACAUAUUUCAAAAAGCUUGGCGCGUUCGCAGCAUGUCUACGGUCCUCAGAAGCCACUACUAAAGCAUAGUGAUAGAAGAAAGCUUACAGAUAAAGAGAAGGAGAAUGCAAGGGAAGUUCGGGAGAAUGGCUCCUGUGUCAUGUGUGCGAUAAAAAAUCGAAAGUGUGACGCAAAACAAAUAUGUAGAAAUUGUCAAAAAAUGGCUUCGGAAAAGGAUCCCAAGCUGGUAGCAAAUCAUAUCUGUAUUCAAGGCGGUAUAUUGGUUUUUCGCCAGAGUAUUCCAGAUUUUUAUGAUAUAAAGAACAGACUCAGUCUGCUACCAAGGACACUCCGUGGUUCCUGGCGUAAAAUUAUAAUUGGAGACCGUGUGACAACCAAUGGCACAGAGCGCGCCCUUUUCCCGAAGAAGAUACCACUUAUCGUCCGAGUUCAAGAAUAUGAGACUUGCGACAUGGACACCGCUGUGGUAUGGGCAAUUGGAUCUAGGAGGCCAGCAGUUGUGUCAUACGCAAUUGAUCCAAGUACAUUUCCAAGUGCAUUCGACCUUGAUAACUGGGGAAGAAAUCUCUUAUCGGAAUAUUCUGAACUUUCAGACUUUCGGCCAUACGUCAUGGACAAGUUUCUCUUCGAAUAUCUGAAUACCAAGCCAGAUCUACGACAUCAUAACCUCGUGAACUUAACAAUUCGUUUGGUAAGCCUCAGCACGUGGUUGUUCGAAGGCCACCCAAUAAUAUCCGUUUAUAAUGUCGACAACGCAAGCUCGCUACUCUUCGAUAUCUAUGAUGCCCGAAUCGAAAGACGAUUGUCCGGGGUUGCACGAUUGCAGCUCUUGAUAAUUGCGGCAGAGGGAUUCGAAGCUACCGAAAAAGAGAUCCUCUCUACUAUUGACGCCUCAAUGAGACCCAACGGAUGCAAUCCUCAAGAUACCCUUAUCUUGGGAUUGUGUUUGCGGCGCAUGGCACUGCUGUACAGAUCUUCGUUGAAGCGAUAUAAGAAAUUCUUCAUUGAUUCGAAAAUAAUACACAAAAGAGAAAAGUCAAAGGCCAUGUAUGACGUACUGACGACUGCCUAUAGCCUCGUAUAUCGUGGGACUAGAUCUCCGUAUUCUACGAAGUGGAAAUCGAGGGAUUAUCUCGAGGAUCAUCCCGGCGUCUUGGGGAAUAAUAGGGAGUUAUCUGAUCUUUUUCGUGAGGUUGUUAGAUACGAUAAACAGUAUUGUGAAAGCAAUCGUGACGAUGAGGAUGAUGCGCAUCUCAGGAAGCUUUUCCUAGAGAGGAGAGAAGGAGGCGGUCCGCGAGCGUAAAUUUGGAUGGUGAGAGUGUGAAUAGGGAGUAACUUUGCAAAUUGGAAAUACGGCAUGGGGUUUAUAGAUAGUCUUUCUGGAAUUUGAGGCGUGGCAUUUAAAUACUCUUUGCAAUCAACUGUAUCAGCAUAUUCAAAUACAAAGCCCC